AUGGAAUCAGACAGUAGCCCUAUUGGUGUUGAUAUGGAAAAUUUGGACAAUGAGAUUGAAGAAGAAUCUCAUAUUAGCCCUUGUAAGAAAAGGGUUAAAUCAACAACAUCGGAUGGUUGGAUAUUGAAGUCUCAACAAAUAGAUCAAAGGGUAGUUCGUGAGAUGGGUGUUGCUUUGAUCAUUGAGCUGGGUUUGCCCUUUAACUUUUUUGAGUUGAAGGGGAUUAGGAGAUGGGUAAAUUACCUGAAUCCUGAUGCUAUUCUUAUUUCUAGAAAUAUGAUUGUGGCCGAUGUCUUAAAUAUUUACAAGAAAGAGAAGGAGAAGCUUAAACAAAUAAUGGCUAGCAUUCCUACUAGAAUAUGCUUAACUUUUGAUUUUUGGACAUCUUGUCCUAACCCUGGUUAUAUAUGUUUGACUGCUCAUUUUGUUGACACAAAUUGGAAGUUAAAUAGCAAAAUUCUCAAUUUUUGCAUACCUCCUCUUGAUCCUGACUUUGAGUUGUCUCAAAUGUUACUUGAUAUUUUGAAGGAUUGGGAAAUAGAGAAGAAGAUUCUUUCUAUUACCUUGGAUGAUUCAUCUCCCGAAGACAAUAUGCCAGAAACUUUAAAAAAUCAACUUGCUUCGGAAAAUUGGUUGUUAUGUGAUGGAGAGUUUUUUCCUAUCACGUUUUUUCAUGUGCAUUGUUUUGCACACAUUUUGGAUUUGAUUGUUCGAGAAGGGCUGGAAGUAGCUGGCGAUGUUGUGCAUAAAAUAAGAGAGAGUGUCCAUUAUUUGAGGAAUUCAGAGAGUAGAUUGACAAAAUUUAAAGAAUGCAUUGAACAAAUUGAUGGUGUUGACACUUCAACAAUUGGCUUGCGUAUAGAUAUUCCUACUAGAUGGAAUACUACUUAUUUGAUGCUUAAAAGUGCUCUCAAAUACCAAAAUGUAUUUGCAAGUCUCCAAUUGAUUGAUAAAAGUUAUGAAUAUUGUCCUUCGUUAGUAGAGUGGAAAAGAGGUGAAAAAAUUUGUGAAUUAUUGCUACCAUUUUAUUAUAUUACCAACUUGAUUUGUGGCACAUCCUAUCCUACUUCCAAUUGGUAUUUUUUGCUGGUUUGGAAAAUUCAAUGUGUUUUAAAUGAUACUUUAAGUGAUGAAGAUGAAGUUAUAAAAAGCAUGGCUGAAAGGAUGGUAGUAAAGUUUGAAAAAUAUUGGGAUGAGUAUAGUGUUGUGCUUGCACUAGGAGCUGUUCUUGAUCCACGGAUGAAGCUUUCUUCAUUGGCUUAUUGCUUCUCAAAAGUUAAUUCAGCUGCUUCUGACCAAACGCUUGAACAUAUAAGGAGAAAGUUGUACAUGCUCUUUGAGAAGUAUUCAGGUAACAAUUCUUCCAAUUCCAAUGUUCAAAGUGCUGUUCCAACUCAAUCUUCAAGCAUACAAAAGAAAUUCAAGGAAAUAAGUGAAGGAAUAUUCCAGGAAUUCAAAAUGCACCAUCAGCAGCUUGCAACUAAAAGCGGAAGGUCUCAACUUGAUGUUUAUUUGGAUGAACCAAAUUUGAAUUUUGAUUAUCAUGAAAAUUUGGAUGUAUUGCAAUGGUGGAAGGAUAAUAAUUAUCGCUUUCCAGAUCUAUCAUUAAUGGCUCGAGACUUGUUAAGCAUUCCCAUUAUAAGAGUGGGUUCUGAAUCUACAUUUAGCAUUGGUGCACGUGUCUUUAACAAAUAUAAAUGUCGUCGCAUGACAAAAAAUAUCCAAGCUUCUAUUUGUGCUCGCAACUGGCUGCAUGGUUUUGUUAACCUAGAUGAUGAUGAUGAAGAGGAUGAAAUUUUAAGUGUGGAAUAUCUUUCAAAGGAAGCAUCCAAUAUCCUCGAUGAGGAGGAGGAUUGACUUAUUUGUUUAUAAAUUUAGUUUUUCUGAUGGACUUAGUGUUGUUUGUUUUGUAAUUAUGGUUGUAAUUCCAUGACUAAU